AUGUCGUCCGAUCUUGUUCUGCCUGGUCAGCCCGUUCCCUUGCCCCGUGGGCCUAUUCCACAGUUGGGCGGAGGAUUGUAUUCUAGAGACAAUGCCCCGAGAGCAAGCCUCGUCGGCGUUCCACGCUAUGAAGGAUCUACUUUGACAAUUUCCCGUACACGGCCUCAGCCGCCAUCGCCGAACUCCAUCGUUCUUGGUUCAAUCACGCGUUUGUCACCGCAGCAAGCUGUUCUCUCGAUUGCUGUGGUUGAUGGUGUGCCGCUGGCGGCGGGCGAGGAAUUUGUUGGUGUCGUUCGCGUCCAGGAUGUUAGAGCUACAGAGAAAGACAAAGUCAAAAUUGCGGACUGCUUUCGCGGAGGCGACGUUGUCAAAGGCUUGGUUAUAUCGCUUGGCGAUGCACGAAGCUACUAUGUCACAACUGCUCGUAAUGACCUUGGCGUCAUUUUUGCUACUAGCGAAGCAGGAGCGACAAUGGAACCGGUAUCUUGGCAAGAAAUGCGUUGUCCACGAACUGGGAGGAUUGAAAAGCGCAAGUGUGCAAAACCUGAAGGACUGUAG